AACAAGAGAUUCCAGUCUGUCCGCCGGCGUCUUUUUGUAUACAAUUUUGUGCGACUGACUUCUUCGCUCAAAGCCGGCCAUAUAGUACUGACUUACCAUUAUUAGCUUUCGAUAAGAUUAAAGAUUCUAGCCUAUCCACUGGCGCUUUUCGUACUUAA